AUGACCGAUUCCAAGUCUGAUGUGUUUAACCCGAUCAAGCCAUCGAAGAAAGGACCUUCAAGCUACCAGAAGCUGGCCAUGUUCAACAAAAACCAGCAGAAGCGCAAUUAUCCACGAAGAUACGACCAUCGAAACGACGACGAGAUAGACGUGAAUAGAUUCAUCGGGUUCAAAUCGUACACGCAAACAGAGGAGUACCAGCAAAACCACCAAAAGAACAAGAGGAGCACACGGCGUCGAACCUCGAGCCCUGCAAAGAAACUCACGGCAAUGGAAUACAUCAAUGUCAAUUUCCGGUUUGUAGUCGACUCGCUGAAGUCGUACAAGAUUCAAGAAGCAGAUCCGAAUAUCCCCAUCAAUGCACCGGACAUUGCGGCGAUCAUUGCGCCUAAAAGCCAAUGCCCCAUCUGCUUGACCGACGACAUUGUUGCGCCCACCAUGAGCUUAUCGUGCGGCCAUAUAAUGUGUUUGACGUGUCUUUUGAACAUGAUGCAGCAGGAAGUUCCAAAGGCGAAAAAGAAGGAGUCGGCUGCCGUGGUGGAGAGAUAUAAGGAGUGCCCGCUUUGUUCUUCGGUGAUCCGGAAAGCGGAAUUGAAACCCGUGGUAUUCAAGAACAUGGACGAGCAGUUUGAGAUCCCCAAGGUCCAGGAGGAAGUGGUGUUGACAAUGAUGGCCCGGAGUCUGCGCAACAUUUUGUCGCUACCGCAGACCUUGGCAGCUCAGUACGACUCGUACGAUUUUCCAAACACGAAAGACGAAGCCUUUGUGCCUUAUUCUCGCAUUGUCAAAGCCGACGUCGACUAUGUGGUGUCGUUCUUGGAGGAUGAAAAAAAGACCAUCAUCAAAAAUAACGAGGAAGAAAAGGCGUUGUACGGGGAGAUACCCGGUGUUGGUGACGCGCUUUGUUUCAUCGAUAAGGAAAUUGAGCGCUGGGAAAAGAAAGUGCUUGAUCCACCAGCUCAGGAAGACUACAGCGAGACCACCGCGGAGGAUAAGACGUUUUAUUUCUACCAAACUGGUUUCAACACCACCUGCACUUUUGUCCUCUCGUCGUUCGACAUGAAGCUUUUGAAACACAAUUACCAUACCUAUGACUCCCUCCCGACAAGCAUAGUGGUGAAGAUUGAGAACAUCAAAUACGAAGAGCUCAGCCAGGAAACAGUUUCGUCAAAGUACAAGUAUCUUGGACACUUACCCGUGGGUCUGCAGAUUGCAUUUAUCGAAUGCAACUGGCAGGACAAUGACUUCAUCCUGCCCGAAACGUGGCUGCAUUUCAAAGACGACUUGCUCAGACGAAGCAAGCUUUCCAAUAAGAAGCAUUCGAGAGAAGAAGCAAAUAGGAAAAGGGCGCUCAGGGACGAAGAGGUCCGCACGAGGCAGUUUUACGCCACCGAGAACGGAGACAGCUCCGAUAAUGACACCAUGCACGAGUUUACCAGCAAAAUGAGCUCAAUCUCCAUCAUCGACAACCGGCCAGCCGCGUUGUCGGAUCCAGAGAUUUCCGAUGGCGAGUAUCAAACCACGGUGUGGGGGACCAGAAUCAAGCUGAAUAAAAGCAAGCCUUCCUCCAGUCCGGACGACAACAACAGGGAGUCCGAAGAAGGGGAGGAGUUGAUCAGGCGAGCUCGCGAGAAUGAAUCCAAGAGGUCAAAGAAGAGUAAACGACUAGUUCUCAUGUCGACGUAA